AUGUGGAAGAAACGGCCUGAGUUUACUCUUUGGCUUUUAGAAGUCAAAGACAUCAACAUCGAAGCCUUAUCUAACUGGGAAGAGAAGAAGCUGUUUAGUGAUUUUGCUGAGGAUUUUAAUACGGCUUCGUUUCCCCACAAGAAAUAUUAUAACUUAGAAUUGUGGGAAGCAGAAGAACGCGCAAAAGCAGCUCAGGCAGCUUCAGUGCGGAAAGAAAUGACUGAGUUUAAUGAUGAAGCUCAGAGAAUGCGGGAGAUAAAGAAGCUGCGAGAAGAAAGGAGACGGAUGGCGACGGCCCAAGAGCUUGAGCUCCUGCGAAGAGACAGAGAAAAGGUGAUAGACAUGAGGGAGCAGCGUCUCCUCGCCUCCAAAGUGGAGACACUGUAUAAAGCUGGGCGAAACGCAGAGGCAGAGGCCUUAGCAGAGCGUCUGAAGCCAGACACCUGA